AUGAAAUCUUGUGCAUUCUUUUGCUUAUUAGUGAUAGCUUCAUGUUAUUAAGUCAAUCGAAGUGAUAAAUGCAAUCAAUGCAACCAAUUAAAAUCGUAGAUCGAUUGUGAGAUUGGGAAACAGGAUCAAUAAGAUUGUGAGUGGAUUAAGGAUUCAACCACAAUAGGAGGAAAGUGCUAAAAGAAACUGACUUAGGAGAAUCCUGAUGUUACAUAUAAGUCCUAUUGUGAAUCGAUAACAUAAUAAGAAACAAACUGUCACUUAACAGAUGGUUGUGCUUACAUUGAUAAGAAAUGUGUAAUCUUUGCUGGUUGUUCAGCAUAUAGGUAUUAAAGGACAGAUGAUUGCUAAGCAGUCUCAUAUCGAUGUAUAAGUGACGGAAAUUCUUGCAUUAACUUUAAAGAAUGCAAGGAUUAUCCUGUAGACAUAUGUAAUGUUUCACUAAGUUUAUUCGGUAGAAGAAUGUGUAAAUGGGAUAGUAUAGAAAAUAUUUGUAGAGAUUAUAAAUGUUCUGACAGCGAUGAGAAAUUAAUAACAGAUGAGCAAUGCAAUUAAUGGCUAAAAGGAUGCAUAACAAGAGGAAUUGGUUGUUGGGAAUCCCCGUUGCCUCCGUGUACAAGUUAUAGAGGUAAUGAAAAGAAAUGUGAUUAAUACAUUGGUUCUGAUGGGUAUUGUGAAUAAGGCUAAGACGAAAUGUGUUCAGCUAAACAAUGCUUAAACGCUCCAUUUGAAUAUGAUACGGAUUCUGAUUGUUCGAGAUAUUAGAAGGGUUGCAUUACAAAUGGAAAGGGAUGCAUAUUUGGGACUGUUAAGCCUUUGUGUUCAGCCUAUUUCGGAGAUAAUUCAAGUUGCCAAAGAUAUAUUGGAUCAGAUGGACAAUGUGAAGGGACUCAAGAUGGAACUAAUUGCAGAGCGAGAAGGUGUGAGGACUCUCCAAAUUAUAGCACUGAUGAACAGUGUAGAGUAUAUUAGCCUAAAUGUAUAACUAAUGGAGUGGGAUGCGUUUAGAAUUUAGACCUUUGUAGUAAUUAUAAAGGAAAUAUUAAAUUAUGUCUUUCUUAUAAGGGUAGAGAUGGUAAGUGCAAAGGUGAUGAGAAGGAUAAGGAGAAUCGCCAGCAAUGCAUGGUCAGAGUUUGCAAUGAAGCACCUAUUAAUUAUAGUACAGACGAGGAGUGCAAUGACUAUUAGAUAAAUUGUGUAACAACUGGAUUUGGAUGUGUUAACAAGAUAGACAGGAAAUCAUGUGCAAACUAUGAAGGAGACUCUGAGAAAUGCUUGAAGUUUGUAGGUUCUGAUGGGAAUUGUAUGUGGGUAAGUGGAAAUUUCUGUACAGCAAGAGAUUGUCAAUAAGCUCCUGCUAAUUAGAAGUGUAAUGAGUGGAAGUAAAGUUGUGUGAGUAAUGGGGAUGGAUGUAUAAUGAAGACACAAUGUCAAAAGACCAUUAGUUAAACAAGUUGUGAAGGCACUGAAGGGUGUUUUUGGUAGUCAGGUUGUAUUGAUGGUUCUGAUUGUUCUAAGUUUAAGAGUGAGGUUACUUGUAGAUAUACAAAGGCUAAGAAAGUAUUAAAUGGAAUACUAGAGUCAGUAAAAUGCACUUGGACAGCAAAUGGAUGUAGAGAGUUAACUUGUGAUGAAUUAAUAGGAUCGUAAUAUAAAGACGAUAUAAAUUGUAAAAAUGAAAUGUCAAUUUGUAUUAGUGAUAUGAAAAACUCAUGCAUUAAUAAAUAUGACUGUUCCAAACUCUAUGGGAAUAAACAGACCUGUUUUGGAUAUCUAGGGUAUUGUACUAAUGUUGAAAGUGCAGAUGAUAACUCCCCUUGCAUUACUAGACAAUGUUAAGAUAAUGUUGAGUUGACAACUAAUCAAGAAUGCAACGAUUACUUUCCAGGGUGUGUUACUAAUGGAAGAGGAUGUGUUAAAUAUGGAACUAGUUGUUCUCAAAUGUAAGGCGAUUAAAGCAAGUGUAUUCAAUUCUUUGGGUACUUAAAUGGAUCACAGUAGAAUUUCACUACUAUCCAAUGUUACAAUAUAAAACAUGCAAAUAUGCUAUCUUUUUGUAUGGUAAAAUCUUGUUCUGUGGCAGAAUAAAUGGAAAAUGAUUAGCAAUGCUUAGAGUUUUUAAAUGGUUGUCUUUAUGAUGGCAAAGAAGGGUGUGUAGAUCCUAAUUAGGCUACUUGUGAAUCUUAUUAUGGAAAUGAUCUAUUUUGCGAACAAGCCAUAGUUGGGCAAAAUUCAAAAAAAUAUUGUUUCGGCACUUCAACCAAAGGAUAGUGUGUGAAGAGAGAAUGUUAUCAUAAAUCUAUAGCAUAGAAGAACUCAGAUUGUAAUCUAUUUCGUUAAGACUGCUUAUUAAAGAAUACAGGAUGUGUGGAUUAAACUACUGUAACAUGUUCUGACUAAUCUGGGACUGAUGGAACUUGUUAACUCUAUUAUGGGGGAAUUCAAAUAAAUAAUUAAUGGUCUUAGACGUAAUGUACCAGAAAAGUAAAUUGUUAAUAAAGACAAUGUUCAGACAUAGCGAGUCCUAACACUCCUGAGGAAUGUACAAACUAUAAAUCCACCUGUAGAUUUUAUCUAAAAGGCACUCCUUGUAUAAUGGCUAAUGAUUGUACUGGCUAUCAAAUCCCCAAUACUGCUAACACAGAUUAAAAAAGAUUCUAGUAUUGUGCUAAUAUUAAAGAUCGAAUGGGAUUGUAUUGUGGCUGGGACAUAGGAUAAUUCUGCUCCAUAAGGACUUGCUAACAAAUUGUAAAUGGGUAAAUUUCUGGGUGUUCCUCAUUCAUUCAGGAAGGGAAAACCACCGGAAGUGGAUUUUGUAUGUUGGCUGGUUCAUCUUGUUUGGCAUCUCUGACGGAGUGCUUUUAUUAUAUGGUUCCAUUUGAUCUACUAACCUUUGAAGAGAAGUGGAAGUUCUGUGUAUCACUCAAAAACACUAAAGGAAUAUAAUGCGCUUACAACACUGUUUAUUUUUCCCAAUGCAGUUAUUAAGAUUCCUGUGAAACUAUAAUCAGUGCGACAGAUACAAAAUAAUGCAAUGACACCUUGGGAUGGAAAGGAGGCCAAUGCUAAAAAACUAAGAACUCUCGUUGCUAUACUACUGCUUAUGUUUGCUCUAGUUACACAAUCCCUACUCUUUUAACCUAUAAUCAAAAAUUGGAUUUCUGUAGGAGUUUGAAAGUCGUGGAUUUAUCAAAUAAGUCAGAUGGUCCCUAUAUACCCUGUACAUAUACAGAUGGAUUAACCUGUUAAGAUAUCCUUUAAUGUUCAGAUAUUUACAAUCCAACUUCUCACAAAGACUGUGAGGCAUACGGUUACAAAUGUGGCUAUUACAAUAAAAGAUGCUACAAUGCGGUUUCUUCAUGUAAUGAUGUACUCUUCACAAUUGAGUUAACUUCUGACUCUUUGAAAUCCCUCUUUUGUAACAGUAUGUUAAUUUCAACUUCAGAUGGUUAAAACUACUGCGUUCUCAAUUAAGCCAAGACUGGAUGUGUAGAAAGUUCAUAUAAUUUAUGUGUUUAAGUUGAUCCCAUUCCAGAAUUUUGGGAUAAACAACCUACGAAUGUCGAUACAUUUUGCUUAGUUCAUACUGAUAAAACAAGAACUACUCAAUGCAUUAGUGAUAAUGGAACCAAUUGCAAAGCAGGAACUUGUGAACACAUUCCAUCACCUCACUCUCAAGGUGAUUGUGAUAAUCAUAUCAAAGGUUGUAUAUUUUUACUUGGAAAAUGUAUAGCAGUUGGUAGCAUAACUACUCAAGAUGACUGUAGUAAUGUUUCGAAGGUUCCAUUUUCCCAGGAGCUAAUUGGGUCAUCCAUCAGUGAAAAGAUUAGUUAUUGUGAAUUGUUCAAAAAUAAGAAUAGAAGCGUCAAAUGCACUUAUGAUUAAUUCAGUGACACUUAAAAUAGAUGUGUAUCUAUUCAAAAGUCUUGUUUUAAUUACAUAGUUCCCAAGGGAAUUGCUGAUAAAUAUUAUUUUUGUUAAGUUAAGAAGAAUCUCAAAGGAUUUUAAUGCAAAUAUAAUGGAACUGAAAAUUAUUGUAGGGAUUCCAAAUGCUCAGACGCAGUGAAUCCAUAAUCUCAAUUAGAUUGUAACACUAUGGUAAACCAAACCACAUGCUAUUAUUUGUUAGGAACUUGUUAUAAUUACUAGAAUACUUGUAGUCAAAUACUUGUUUCAAAGGAAAACCCUAAAUACUUUUGUAGUUAAGUUAGAAAUUAAAAUUUUCCAUGCACAUAUAUGGGAGGUGAUUAUUGUGUCAAGGUAAAUACUUGUGAAUCAUAUAAUGUUGAAAAUGUGGUAAAUAAAUUGGAAAUUUGCAAUCAAUUGUAAGAUGAAUCCCUAUAAAGUUGCACUUACCUUUGGGGCAAUAAUUGUGUGACGUAAAAAAGUUGUUCAGGAUAUGAUGGUAAUGCAGAUAACCAAAAGGGCCCAUAAUAAGGUCAAGAAGAUGCACAAUGCUUAUUAGUUAAAUCAUUAAACAAUAUUCGUUGUAGUAAAGAUGGAACCCAAAUCAGAAAAUGCAAACCAUAAGUAUGUGAAGAUAUUUUAGGAAUAAAUGAUUGUUUAAAUGAUAGUAAGGGAUGUUAUUAUUACAACUAAAAAUGCUUUAAAAAACAACAAUGCUCCUAGUAUUAGCCAAUAGGAGAUAAUCCUGAGCAAUAGUAGCUAUGGUGUGAAAAAGUACAAAAUGUAAGUGGAGUGUAUUGUAAAUGGAAUGGGACUGGAUGUUCAAAUAGAAGUUGCAGUGAUGUUUAAUAUUACACAGAUUUCUAUUGUCAAUAGUACCUAUCUACUUGUAAAACUGAUGGAACCAAAUGUAUUGAUAUGAGUCAGGAUUGUAAUUAGAUAAGAACAACUAAGCAAUUAUGUGGAAAUUACUUGGACCCGAAUGGAGUUGACAAAUGUAUAUCUAAUGAACCAAGUUAAACUAGUGGAAGAUGUGAAAAUCGAAUUUGUUAUGAUAAUAUAAGUGCCUAAUCAGACACUGAAUGCAAUGAGUUCAUGCAUGGGUGUGUAACCAGAGGACUUGGAUGUAUUCCAAAUACUGAACCUUGUACUUCAUAUAGAGGUACUAAAAUAUAAUGUGAAUAAUUCAAAUAGUUGAAAGAUAAGGAAUAUGUGUAUUGUUCUGGGUAUGUAACAAAUCAAUCAACUAGCAAAUGUAAAGUGAAAAUUUGUUCAGAUAACACUACUGCAACUUCAGAUGAAGAGUGUUCAUAUUUUCUAAAAGGAUGCCGAACAAAAGGAGCAGGAUGUAUUGAAGAAUCAGCUUCAUGUGCACAAUAUCAAGGAAAUUACGAUGCUUGCUUAAAGUUUAAAGGAAAUUAUGGCAAGGAUCUUUGCUUUAGUAGUGGAGUGAAUACAUCCUGUAGGAAAUUGGAAUGCAGUGAUAUUAAUGGUGUAGAUAACUAAUCAUGUAAUUAGAGAUUUGAUUCAAUCACUUGUAUAUUUGAUGGAUCAAAGUGUGUUAAAUAUGGAUUGCAAUGCACUUAAUUCUAGGGUAAUCAUAUUAGUUGUGCCAACGCUAUUGCCAUUGAUGGACCAUGUAAAGCAACAGUCAUGGAUGAUUUCAAAACUAGUAGUUGCACAACACGGGUCUGUAAUGAUGCACCUAACACAUUGAAAACUGAUAUAGAAUGUUAGAAAUAUCAUCCAUCAUGUUACACUACUGGGUAUGGAUGUACAUCUAUUAAACAAUGCGAUAAUAUAAUUACUUAAAGUGCUUGUGAGGGUAAUGCAUCAUGUUCAUGGACUCAUUUUUGUAAUUAAUAAUUUGAAAGCUGUGAUUAAAUCAAAGAGGUUAGCUAAACUAGUUGUUUCAAUUCAAAAGUAAAAAAUGAAAUUUGUGCAUUCACUGAUAACCCUGCUCAAUGUCGUUCUUAAAAUUGUGAGGAUUUACCUCAUGAUAUUUCAUCUCAUAGUGUAUGUCAUUAAUUAAAUCCGAAAUGCACAACCAGUGGGAUGGGCUGUAUUACCUUUGGCUGGUGUUCUACCUAUAAAGUAGUUUAGAUCUGUCUUUAUGCUUAUGGAGAACGAAAAUGCAUUUGGGAUCGCAAAGAAAAUGGUUGUAGAGACAUCAAAUGUAUUGAUUUUUAAGGUAAAACUGUUGCUGAGUGUGAGUCAUAAUUGAAUGGAUGUCUAUCAAAUGGUAUUAAUUGUAUCUCUGGAGAUUCAUGUGAUGAAUAUAUUAGCUAAAUUUCCUGUAUUCACUCCAAAAGGGGACCUUGUUUGUGGGUUUAGAAUGCAUGCAUUAAUUAUUCUAAAUGUGAAGAUGCCAAACUCAAAACCUUUUAAGAAUGCCAAAACAUAUCGAAAUAUUGUACAACUAAUGGAUCAAAUUGUAUACCAAUUACUUUUUGUGCUCAAUAUGAGAAACUUGAUUCCUGUGUCUACGGAUUAGACAAAUAAUGCGGAUGGAAUGAAAAAUGCUAAUCCUUCAAAGCCUGCUCAGAUUUAAAAUCUAGUGAUAAUAAUAUUUGUAGAUUAUAUCAUUAAGAGUGUGUGUCUGACGGGUAUCAAUGCGUUGAAGUAGUUUAACAAUGUUCCAUGUAUAAAACAGCCAAUGCAUGUUUGAAUGUUUCAAAGGAAGGCCCUUGUACUUGGGAUUAAACAGAUACAAAUUGCAAAGUAAAAACUUGUGAAGAUUAUCAAUAUUAAAGCCAUCUUGAAUGUUACAAAGCAAAUAAUUCAUGCACUACCAAUGGAACUACUUGCAUAUAAUAAUCAACUUGCUCCUCCUAUAGAUAAUCUUCUUGUUACUAAGGAACUGAUGGUCUAUGCAUUUUUGGUCUCCCAAUUAAAGGAAAUAGUACAGUGUAAUCUUGUAGAGUCAAAGAAUGUCAGGAUAUUUAUCAUGAACAAAGUAAUCAAAACUGCUUGACAUUCAUACCUGGUAAAUAAUGUGUUUCAAAUGGUACCAAUUGUAUUCCAAAAGCAAAGUGCAGUACUUACAAUACUCUUACAGCUUGUUAAGGAGGAGGUAUUGAAAGUGACUAAUAAACCAUUUGUGCAUUCAAACCCAAUGAAAAAAACUCUCAAAUUGGUUCUUGUAAAACAUUCUCUUCAUGUGCAGAUGCAGAAUAGGAUGAGCAUACAUGCAAUACCAAUCCAUCUUGUUAUUGGAAUUAAAAUACAUGUGUUGAUUAAACUUGCCAAACUUUUUCAAAUGGCUUAAACUGUAAUCCAGUGCCAAGCUUUGAUGGUACUAAAUAUACGAUAUGCUUGUUACAAAAUGGAAACUGCUCUACCAGCGACCCUAAGACCAUUUCAGAAUCUAAAGCAUGUUUUAUCAAAUCAGUCUAAACACACACUUGGAAUUCCAAUACUAAUCAUUGUGAAGCCUGUUUUUAGGGAGCCACACCUUAAAAUCCAGGUGAAACGAAGAUAGCCAUGAUCAUAUCUAUGUUGAUAACAGCAUUUUUGAUAAUUUGA